AUGAGCAACCAAAAGAAUCGCGGUGGGAAGAACAAGAGGCAUGCGGAUGAGGUGAAGAUUUCGUCUUCCUCCGCGUCGCGCCCUGCCGCGAUUGAAAAUGGAGAUGGGAGCGGGAUUGUGGAUGAAUUGAUGAAUUUCAAGCGGCAGCUGGAGACCGACCUGGUCAAGACCAUCAUGUGCGAGAAGACGCCGGCCAAGGGCACCGUCGUCAUCGCCAAGAAGGACAUUCCGGCUGGGACGACCAUCCUCGCGGAGCCGGCCAUUGCCUGGCAGCCGCUCGAGGAUCGCAUCAUGUCCGUGUGCCAUCAUUGCAUGACCGAAGUGCCUAGAUGGGCGGUCGGUUGUGGUGAAGGCGCGGGCGGCUGCUCGGGCCUGGGCUACUGCUCGCCCAAGUGCCGGGAGGCCAGCGAGGCGCUGCACCGCGUCGAACACAAGGUUUUCCUGCAGGCCCGCGACAUCGCCAACCGGACCAAGGCGGACAUCACCCUCAUCAAGCUCGCCACCCGCAUCAUCGCCCUACGGUCGCUGAGCGAGGGCCACCGAGUGCAGUUCGAGCGGGGCGUCAUGGCCAUGAUGGGCCACGAGGACGAGUGCCCGCAGCAGUGGGUGGACAGCAUCACCGAGACCGCGAAGCUGGUGAUGCCGCUGCUCCCCAAGCCGGCCCGCCUGUCGGCCCGCGAGUUCGUCAAGGUGUGCGCGCGCAUCAACACCAACUCGCACCGACAGCACCACAUGUUCGUGCCCCAGCGCAUCCUGGGCGUGGGGCUCUACCCGCUGGCCUCGCUCAUCAACCACAGCUGCCAGCCCAACUGCGGAUUCUACAACCGCGGACCCACGCUCUACAUCCGCACCCUCUGCGACGUGAAGGAGGGCGAGGAGCUGUGCUAUUCGUACAUCGACCUGUACCAGAGCAGGAGCAAGAGGAAGGCCGAGCUGCUCGAGACCAAGCACUUCGACUGCCUCUGCAACCGCUGCUCGCCCCCCAUCACCGACUCUGUUGAUCGGUACCUGAGCGGAUUCCAGUGCCCCAACAAGGCCAAGACGUCGUGCGACGGGCUGCUGGUGCUGCCCGACGGCGAGGGCCUCGCGUCGGAGAAGCCGGUCAGCUGCACUGCCGGGUGCGGCGAAACCAAAACCGCCGGCGACCUCCUCAAGGCCCAGAAGCGAGCCGAGAUCAUGCUCACGGCGAGCCAGUCGCUGUACUACGACCAGAAGCGAACGAGCGAUUCCAAGACGAUGCUGGACAAGCUCCUCACUGGCGGCUACUCCCCCGACGUCCAGCUCCACCCCUACCACCCCACCGUCUUCCAGGCUCACGUAGAUUCGAUCAAUGUGAGCGACGCGCUGGGCUACACACACAUGUCGAUCGACCACUGCGAGGCGGUGUUGCGCUGCGCCGAGGCCGUGCUGCCGAUGAACCACCUGGAGACGUCCAACUACUACUAUUACCAGGGCAUGCUCUACAGCGAGCAGCUGGCCAAGCGACAAGGCGCCGGCGGCGACGCGGUGGCGCCGGCGGGCGACGCAGCCGACGACACGAGGCGGGCGAAGGAGGCCUUCGGCAAGUGCCACACCAUGCGGUCGGUGUGGUUCGGCGCCGACCACCAGUGUGCCAUCAAACCCCUCGAGAAGAUGAACGCCCUCUAA